AUGGAAACUGUACUUGACCAAUCUGUUUCUCGUGUCAAUAAGCCCAACUACCAGUUUACUGCAGAUGGGCAACCCAUUUGCCUCCGCUGUCGGAAGCCUGGGCAUGUCCUCCGCCAGUGUCGCCAGGGUCAGAGGCCACAAGCAUCCAGCAUACCCAGUGACCGGCCAGAAUGCAGCCCGGCUCCAGCUGCUGUAAUAUCGUCAGAACAGCAUCUGCAGCGGUUGGAGAUGGUCCUCAGCAGAUUCCAAAUGAAAGGCCUGAAGGCCAAAAUGAGCAAAUGCCACUUCUUUCAGAAAGAGGUGCAGUACCUUGGACACCGGGUGUCCAGUGAAGGAGUGGCAACUGAUCCAGACAAGAUUUCUGCCGUGGAAAACUGGAGGGUACCCCGAGAUGUGACUGAAUACAGUGACCAGGAUGUGCCUCAAGAGCAGCCGAACCAACAUGCCAACACCUCCUCAAAUAUUUCGCCUGACGUCGAGAAACCUGUGGUAGUGGCACAGCAGAAAAUCGGAGUCUUCCCAAGCAGAUCACCAGACGAUCUGGCUACACUGCAAGAUGCUGACCUCACCAUUGAAGUCUUUCUUUCAUUCUGGAAAAGAGGAAAGCCACCAAAUAUGGAAGAGAGGUUACUACUCUCAAAGGAUGUCAAGCGUCUUGUCCAGCAAUGGGAUCGCAUUCUGGAAAAAGAGGGUGUACUGUAUAGGCAGGUCACAGCCCCUCAUGGGGAAGUCUAUGCACAACUGCUUCUGCCCAUGUGCCUGCACGAAGAACUUUUAAAUAACCUCCACGACAAACAUGGACACCAGGGGGUGCGACGGACCACUGACCUGGCCAGGCAGAGAUGUUACUGGCCUGGUAUGGGGGCUGAUGUAGAGAACCACUGUCGGAGUUGCCAACGCUGUGUAUUGUCGAAAGCUGUCCAGCCUGGGGUGAAGACCUACCAGGGUACUCUGUUGGCCACCCAACCAAUGGAGAUACUGGCCAUAGAUUUCACCUUGCUGGAGCCUGCAACUGACGGUAAAGAGAAUGUGCUGGUCAUGACCGACGUGUUCUCGAAAUACACGCAGGCGGUGCCAACUAAGGACCAGACUGCUCUCACGGUAGCGAAAGUCCUAGUCGACAGCUGGUUCAACCGGUUCGGCGUACCAAAGAGAAUACACUCUGAUCAGGGGAGAAACUUUGAGAGUGCCCUCAUCCGGCAGGUUUGCCAGUUAUAUGGGAUUGAGAAGUCCAGGACUACGCCAUACCAUCCACAGGGAAAUGGCCAAUGUGAGAGAUUCAACCGGACACUUCACGACCUGCUCCGAUCUCUUCCCCCGGAGAAGAAGCGUGUAUGGCCAAAGUACAUCUCCCAGCUAGUGUGGGCAUACAACACCUCAGCACAUCGCUCGACUGGGAAUACCCCUUAUAGCUUAAUGUUUGGUGUGCCACCACGGGUCCCUGCAGAUUUUCUCUUGGGAGAAGGUACCCCAGAAGACACAACCAGCUCCUGGGAUGAGUGGGUCCAGCAGCAUCGGGAACGGCUACAAGUAGCAAGAGACGUGCACGAAAGAACCUACAACAGGCAGCAGACUACCGACAGCAACAUCACAACCAGCAGACACGCGAUGCAGGUUUUACAGAAGGACAGCUGGUCUACUUGA